AUGGCUUUCAAUCACUCUGUCUCAUUACAAUCUCUUAAUACUGUAGUAGGUUCACCUGAAGAUAUCUACUUGGCAGGUUUAACGUCCCGGAGAAAACACGGGCAGCGCCCGUGUUUCAGAAGCCUCCCGAAGGGCAUGGAGACGUGCUACGCUGGAGAGAUUUCUAUGUACACAGAGAGAGAAAACAGAAUCCAGGUGGCAACUCUUGAGAAGACUCAGCUCAUUGCAAAGGAUUUUUCUGAGCUGCGCAUCCACUUCUGGCCCGACGAGAGAGCACUGAAGAAGGUUGUGACAGGAAAAGAGCAGAGAAUGACAGAGAGAGCAAAGAAAAGAAGGAAGAAGAAGCAUUUGAGCCGAUAG